UUCUUGAGCUAAUGUGUCUUGAAGCUUCUGGUGUGUCAGUUGUCGGUGCGUUUGACAGUAUAACCAGACCGAUUUUGCACGCAGAGUGAAGCCCCGUGUUAAGUGCAAAGUGAAUCUGACCGUGAUUAGCACCUCGGAAAAUAUCAUUAUUCGAUAUUACUUUUCACUCAAGUUCUUAAAAUGCAAGCGGUGCAGGAACCUUUGAGAAUUGGCGUUGCCGCUGUGGAGAUCAACAAUAACCAGCAACUGCAGAUCGCCAAAGGCAGGGCGAAUCAGGAGUCGCACUUUCCAAUGUUUACAAAAUCACCGAAACACCAAGUUUUGACUCUUCAAGAACUCAUCGGCGAGUUGCAUCAAGCCUUCGCCACCGAUCUUGUGGACAUCGAUCAUGUCCAGGAACUGAUGGCUUCGUACAAAAGCAAUCCUGCGGACUGGCGGAGAUAUGCUAAAUUCGAUAGACACAGGUAUACAAGAAACUUAGUUGACGCAGGAAAUGGGAAAUUCAACCUCAUCGUCCUCUGUUGGGGCGAAGGCCAUGGAUCCGCCAUUCACGACCACGCGAAUGCUCAUUGUGUGAUGAAAGUCCUUCAGGGCGAACUAGCCGAGGUACGAUACGCCUGGCCGCACGAAAAGCAACUCGAUGCUAACAACCCGACCAAAGAGCCAGCGGCUAUUUAUGAGAUCGAAAGAAACACAUGUGGCCAAAACUCUAUCUGUUACAUUAACGAUUCUCUUGGAUUACAUCGUGUCGAAAAUCCCAGUACCGUGAAUCCUGCGGUAUCCCUCCACUUAUACUCACCACCGUUUACGACGUGUUCGGUGUUCAACAAGCAAACAGGACAGCGAACGGCCUGCAAAGUAACCUUCUGGUCAAAAUUCGGAGAACGUCGCAACCGGGUAAUUCAAGAAGAGAGGGAUCCCGAAGACAAUUGAAAAACGUGCACUUCCCGUCAAAAAGGAAACCACAACUACGGGGAGAAGGUUUCGUUCGUUACGAGAUAUUCUACGAAUCCGCGCGCUACGAUUAUUUAUAUACCUAUGUUAAUUUCUAGUUUUGGACGCUUCACCAUUUUAGUUUUGGGUCACUGGACGUUUACUUCAAAUCUAUGUAUAGUUCGUAUGUUUAAGGCAUUACAAUAUUCUGAUAGUAAAUAGUAAGUAUAUAUAGGUUCAACUUCAAGUACCAAUUUAAUCCGGUAACUUAUAACAUAAAUAGUUCUCUCAAGCACUGUUACAUUAGGUAUAGUUUUUGUAAAACAAAUGACGUUUUUGAAAUGAUAUUUUUUUACGCCAA